AUUAGAAUCUUGCUGACAUUUUCCUUAAUUUACAGGAGAGUUGAAAAAACGGUGUAACAGAAAGGAGCAUGUCCUUUGUUCAGCGGCGCGCUGCCUCUGUAUUGUAUGAUUCCCAUCUUGGAUUGCAGUUGGAGCUGUACAAGACUGGUGGCAGUUAUAAAAUGAGAGCGUCGCGAGUCGCGCUUCAACUUCACGCUUUAUCAACUCGCGUUUCCUCCACGUGCCUUCAUUCCUAACUCUUUCCUCACAGGAAUACAUAUAUUUCACCGUCGUUGGAUUCAAAUGUAAGCUUCACUAAUAUUUACGAUAACAACCGUCGCGUUAGAACGAUAUGGACUUCCACUCCUGUUUGUAUGGGCAGACGUUCCAGCAAAAUUGCUGGUCGAAAGGAAGCUCAAAAUUUAAAGAAAGCUAAACUAUACUCAAGGAUCGGGAAGGAAGUUGUGUCUGCAGUAAAGAAAGGUGGUCCGAAUGUAACAUCAAAUGCAGCCUUGGUUGCUGUACUUGAGAAGGUAAAGGAGCUUGACGUGCCAAAAGAUAUCGUCGAUCGCAACAUCAAGAAAGCAACUGAAAAGGGACAAGAGGCUUAUAUUGAGAAAAUUUACGAGGUUUAUGGUUACGGAGGAGUUAGUAUGGUAGUUGAGGUAUCAACUGAUAAGAUAAAUCGUUCAGUGGCAAAGAUUAGAGAAGUGGUAAAGGACUAUGGAGGAAAGAUGGCAGAUUCUGGGUCUGUGUUGUUUAAGUUUAGACGUGCUCGGGUAGUAAAUAUUAAAGUCACUAAUGCUGACAAAGAUCAGCUGCUUGGCAUUGCUUUAGAUGCUGGAGCUGAGGAUGUAAUUGAUCCUCCAACUUAUGAAGAUGACACUGAAGAGGAUAUUUCAGAAAGGUAUUAUAAAAUUGUUGGCUCUUCAGAGAACUAUUCAUCUAUACUAUCGAAGUUGCGAGAGGAGGGCAUAGAUUUUGAGUCCGAUAAUGGUUCUGAGCUUCUUCCAAAUACCACAAUCGAGGUAGACGAUGAGGCUGUGGACUUGAACAAGGAACUUAUGAGCAAAUUACUUGAGCUUGAUGAUGUUGACGCUGUUUAUACAGACCAGAAAUAGUCAUUUUUUGUCUUUAAGAAGCUGCUCAGCGGACAAAUCAAGGGUGGUCAGAAGCAUGUUUUCUGGGAAGGGAAUUUCAUUUUGAAUUUUUGAUUCAAAAUCGAGGAUAUUUAAAUCAUUUGUUGUAAGGAUAUAGAAUAAUCUUGGGUUCCUAACAACUGUUGUCAUAAUUAAAUAACAAAUUGAAUGCUUCAAAAAUAAUAAUUUUAAAAACAAAUUGAAAAAGUCCAAUAACAAUAAAACAAGUUAAAAUUGUUUCCUUCUGGUUGGAUUAUUCAUUCGCAAAAGAUUUCUUUGCAACUA